AUGGAAGACUUAGAGAAGCUGACCCUUGAGAAUUUUGAGAAAUCAAUCCGAAAGCCUUCAUCUGUUGAGAGAGAAGGAUGGUGGAGAAUAACAUUAAGAGAUACUCCAUUACCUGGCACUUACCAUUUGAACACUUUUAUUGAAGACUCCCUAUUAAAUCCAGUGAUAGCAACCUACAAUUUUAAAAAUGAAGGAAGGAGAAAGCCACCUCUUGUGCAAAGAAACAAUCCAGUCGUGAAUGAUCUUCCUCAAUACAUGCCUCCUAACUUCCUGGAUGUGUUAGAGAAGCAGGUGGCUACUUACUCAUUCAAAGACAAACCACGACCAAGUCCCAGGACACUAGUUGAUAAAGAUCAGUCACUUCAGCUUUCCCCAGGACAAUAUGAUGUGCUUCCCGCACCAGUUCCCAGGUACCCUUCCAGGAGCUUUGUAUUUCGUUCUGCAGUUCAAAGAUUCCCAACAAGCUUUUUCAUUCCUCGUGAAGGCCCCGGACCAGGUCAUUAUGACUUGAAAGCACCCUCAGCAAAUUCUGUUACUUCUUGUUUUCAGUCCAAAGUACCUCGAUUCAUGCCCAGCCGUUCAAAAACCCCUGGCCCAGGAGCCUACACAGCUUCAGUGCAGUUCCCAAAGCAGUCUCCAACCAUCGCCAAAAUGGGCCGAGAACACAGCCUUUUCUUCAACAACACAAUCGGUUUUUAA